UGUCAAAUGUGAGCGUGUGUGUGUGAUGUGCGUGUUUGUUUCGGCGGUCAGGCUGACUGAAGAUCAGACCUAGUUUUCCCCCUCCGCUUGAUAUUUGGGAAUCGCUCCUCUCUCCGCCUGCUCUCCGCUCUUUGGCACCGCUGCACCGCUUGGCAUCCCCCAGACGUCCCUUUCGAUUGAAACCACGGGUGUUCUACCCUCCGUGGGAAGCUGAAUGAGACGCUUCGCAGGAGGAGCGAGAAAAAACCAGCGGAGAGAGGCUUGGUGAGAUAGAGGGAGAUAUUAGGCAGCGGGGAAAAAAAAGGGAGAAGGAGUGACUGACACCUGCCCUCCAGCUCUGUGUGAAGGGCACCGAAUGCGAGCGUGAGAGGAGGGGCAUGAAAAAAGGGAAAGCAGAGGAGAGAAUGAAGACAACCGGAAAACAAGGCCUGCCUCACAGCAAACAUCGCUCAAAUUAGGACAUCUCGACUACAAGACAAGAUGAUUACAAGAAAUCUGCUCCUAUUGGUUUCCCUGUGCCUGUGGGAGGGGCUCACAGGAGGCGCCUCGGCCAGUAAAGUUAUCCGAAGGAGGGGAGUGGGCGGAUCACACAUGUUGAAGCUAGGGGAGGGCAGACCUGUGGACCAAUGGGAUGCAAGCAUGGAUGCGAAUGCAAUGCCCGUGGUGACUCUUAGAAACCUGAUUAGUCAUGAGCAGGCGGGUGACACCGGAUCUUUCUCUUAUUCCAAAAUGUUGCAGAGUCAUGGUGCUCCAUUAGCAGCUAACAAGGAGAGGCAGGCUUUCAAGCCCAAACGGGAGGUUGAUUCUGUUAAUAGAAAGGAACUGACUGCGCACAUGUUAGCCAAUAGCAGGGAGACAAACCAGGAUGCGAAGAAAGUCAGGAACAACACCAAGAUUGCAGAGACGUCUACCAAAACAGGAAGGUCAGAGAAAACGUUAACGAUGCACCACAAGCCAGAUUUGCACACCAACAGGACCAGGUUUAAAUCAGGCCCUAGAUCCAGGAGCAGACCUGAUUUGGGGGUCCAUACCACGGGUGUGCCAGGAAAAGGAUUCAGCAUAGAUUCAAACCGAAAGCUCAACCUCACUGGGAGUUAUGGGGUUCUGAAGCUGCUGUCGAAAGAGAACCUCGUCAGGAUCGUCAAUUCCCAAAUGCAAAAUGUUCCCAGCCUGAGCUUCCCGAGCAAGGGCAGCCGGAGCAGGAAGAGGGACUUGAUUGACGUUAAUCACGGACAGUUGGAGGCUCAGAAAGUGCAGCGACAAGAUAUAGCUGUCACUCAGUUUCACGCUGGAUUUGAUAAUCAGACUGCGUUACCUUCUGUAAGCCCAGUCACCACCCCAGAUCUUAAUCGAGACCAGGGCGCCAGCACUCGUAAUAAUCCGCUAAGUGAUGUCAGCCCAGCUUUAAGUAAAGGCCAGGGCAACCCGGGAAUGCAGGGUUCAGAUAGUGGCGAUAACAUGAGCAAACACCUCGUCCAUUUACUGUCAACACCUCGCAGCGUGGUCAGUCUCAGCCCGGAGAAGGAAGUAGUAAUCAGCCAAACAGACCCGCCAUUUACAUCGACAAAACACUUCCUGGCGUAUGUUCCCCCCGAAACAAAUGAUUCCCCACUGUCUGGGCUGACGAUGCAACCCCUGGGAGUGAGACCAGGGAACAGAGCAGCAGAUUCCCAUAGAGACCCAUUAACAGAGUCAGUUCACACUGCUCAAACAGAACUCAGCACAGCUCAGUACCCUGCAGAUGAAGACAACACACUUGUCAACAGCAGUCAUGUCCUGAGGCUCCACCCGGCUCCCGAAUGGAGCCACGAUACAAAAGACACUGCGAUGCAAGCUGUCGAUCCAGAAAAUGGGAACAGCCUUGUGUUUGAGGAAGCAGAGUCAGAGGUGGAGGAGGAUGUGCGCGACAGGAUGGAAAGGAAGGGGUCGCGCUCUCGGAGCAGGAGGAGCUGGAUCUGGAACCAGUUCUUUGUGAUUGAAGAGUACGCUGGGCCUGAACCUGUGCUCAUUGGAAGGCUCCACACCGACAUGGACAGAAAUGAUGGACGCACUAAAUAUGUCCUGCGAGGCGAGGGGGCGGGCUCGGUCUUUGUGAUAGACGAGAAGACGGGGAACAUCCACGUCACCAAGCCGCUGGACCGUGAGGAGAAGGACGAGUACCGUCUCAUAGCCACGGCCACCGACAGGCAGACGGACCGUGCCCUGGAGCCCUCGUCACAGUUCAUAAUUCGCGUGCAGGACAUCAACGACAACCCGCCUAUCUUUGACGAAGGCCCCUACAGCGCCACCGUGCCUGAGAUGGCAAAUAUAGGCACGUCUAUAAUCCAGGUGACAGCGACAGAUGCUGAUGACCCGACCUAUGGGAACAGCGCCAAGCUAGUGUACACACUGGUGCAGGGCCAACAGUACUUCUCCGUCGAUCCCCAGACAGGUAUCCUGCGCACGGCUGUGCCCGAUAUGGACAGGGAGACCCAGGACCAGUACCUGGUGCUGCUUCAGGCCAAGGACAUGGGAGGUCACCUGGGAGGAUUAUCCGGGACCACCACCGUCACCGUCAGGCUCACUGAUGUCAACGACAAUCCUCCACGCUUCACUCAGAGUAUGUGGUCCUUCUCCGUGUCGGAGCUGGCCAUCCCGGGGGCUGAGAUAGGCCGUAUCUCGGCGACCGACGCCGACCUCGGCGAGAACGCCAAGCUGGAAUAUACCAUCCUGGAGGGGGAGACCGGGGACACGUUCAACAUCACCGGAGUGAACCAAGAGGCGGUCAUCACGCUCAACAAGGCGGUAGACUACGAGAGCCGGAGCUCCUACUCUUUCUCUGUCGAGGUCCUCAACCCCAUAGUGGAUCCUCGCUUCUUGCGCCGAGGCCCCUUCAAGGACCGGGCCUCAAUCAGAGUGGCAGUGCUGGACGCAGACGAGCCUCCGAGGUUCUCCCGAUCCCGAUACCACAUGGACGUGUCUGAAAACUGCCCGCCAGCCUGCACUGUGGGCAGAGUCAGCGCUGUAGACCCUGAUACUGGUCUUACCAAUAAUAUCAGGUUCUCCAUUGAUCCUCAGUCAGACCCAGAGGCCCUGUUUCGUAUUACCCCGGACACCGGCCUCAUCACCACGGCUAUGGAACUGGACCGGGAGCGUGAGCACUGGCACAACAUUACCGUCAUUGCCACCCAGAGAGACAACCCCAGCCAGGUGUCCAGAGUUGUGGUUGCAGUCGAGACGUUGGACCUGAACGACAACGCGCCCGAACUGGACAGGCAGUACACGACAGCCAUGUGCGACUCAUCCUCCAUCGGGCAGGUGGUGCAGGUGUUGCGAGCGAUUGAUAGAGAUGAGGGAGGGAAUGACAGCACCGUGUAUUUCAGCAUCCCUCCGGAGUCCAGCGCUGCCCUCAACUUCAGCGUCAGGGACAGUGGAGGCCCCACAGCCAGCCUGGUGCUGCUGUCGCAGCUCCAGCCGCUGUCCCGCUCAGCAUCCUCCACCCUGACACUGUACGUGCCGCUGGUCCUGAGGGACGGGACGUCCGGCCUCACCAGCACGGGGACGGUCACCGUGUCCGUCUGUCCCUGCCUGAGAGGAGGGGCGCGAGCCGGGGAGAAGGAGAAGGACAAGCAGACCGAGGGCGAGUGGGACUGGGAGAGGGAGGCGGUGUGUCUCCCUCAGCAGUCCACGCUGCCUUCGCCUGGGCUCAGCACCGCCGCCCUGCUGGCCAUCCUGGCCUGUGUCGCUACACUCCUGGCGGUGAGUGCCCUGUCAUUGUCGCUGCGCCGUCAGAAGCGUGACUCCCUGUCGCCGCUGGAGGAGGACGACGUGCGCGAGAACAUCAUAACGUAUGAUGAUGAGGGCGGGGGCGAGGCCGACACUGCCGCCUUCGACAUCGCCGCCCUCCAGAGUGCACCACACAGCUCGCGCUCACGUGGCUAUCGCACACUGGACAGCAGGAAUGUACGUUACGCCCAUCGCAGCCAAGACAAAGCUCGCACCUACAGCUGGGCUCAGAAUCCAGGCGUGGAGCACAACUACACAGCGCCAGGAGGGCCGCUCUACGGUCGGCUCUGCUACAGCAGCCACACGUUACCCGUUCUCCGCCGCGCACCAGGUGGAACGUUUGAACCAGCCAUGGCAGAGCUGGGAUACCGCUUUCCCGGAGGACAGCCAGACCACUCCCUGGUAAUCCAGAACCAAGGGGCCAUGGGAGGGCCGAUGGAGUCCGGGGCGGUGUACGUAGCUUCCACAGACCUCAGUAAUGGAAGCCGAACGGGAAGUCGCACAGGAAGCCGCGAUGGGACGGCGCCCCAGAGCACUUCGGAUGGAGGAACGCCGAGGACAAGCGACAGCCAGGAGAGAGGAGGGGGGACGGGAACUGCAAGCAACUGCACAGAGGGGAGCAAUGAGGACAAAAUGAACCACAGUCAAGAUGUGGACUGGGUGCAGUCGGAGACAUUACCCAGAGAGCAUAACCUCGUCAUGACCCGAUCGGGCUCCUUGAUGGGUCCGGGUAACGGCGCAGGAGGCUGGGUGUGCGACUCGGCUACCCUCCCCAUGGCAGGACGCAGAUCCUCCCACGCCGGCUUGUCCCCAAAACGCACAAGCACUGGCCAGGCCGAAUCUGACUCCGGCGCAGGAGGAGGAGGAGGUGGUGGAGGUGGGAAUGGAAUGGGGAGCACCUCCACAGAUGGACAACAGCAACCUGCCAGUGGACGCAACUACGCCACAGUCCUGCAGGGGGAGAUGUCUGGACAGAGGGACUACCCCGGCAGCUUGGGGAGAGGAGGACUAGAGAUGGGGAGCAACUUUGUGGUUGCGAGGCCAGACAGGGAAGGCGGAGGGAUAUCAUCCGUCUACCCAGAGGCAGCUGGUUUUAUUGGGGACUGGCGUGAUCGGGUGGGUCUGGGGGGGUAUGUUUUGGGUCGAAGGGAUAUUACCCCCCAGCUUUUUCCCUUCCCGGGGCAGCCUCGGGGAGCAGCGUAUGGCGGAGUGAUGGGCUUUGGGGCCGGUUGGGUUCCAGGAAUGGAGGCUGGCAGGGGAGCGCCGGGGCCUGGGGGUCCCUCCUUGGCAUUGAGGGUGGGUGAGUUCCUACGUCUACGCCUCGCCCAGGUCACUUUUGACCCAUCUCAGCCGCCGUACGACUCUGUGCAGGUGUACGGUCUGGAGGGCACAGGGUCCCGGGCCGGAUCCCUCAGCUCGCUGGAGAGCGAAGGCGAGAAGGAUGCAGACAAGGAGGAGUGGGGUACAGGCCUGGAAGAGUGGGGUCCCCAGUUCCAGAAAUUAGCCCAGCUAUAUAAAGACAGGGAGAAAGAGAGGGAAGAGAAGGAUACAUUUGAAGAGGGUGCCAAGAAGGAGAAGGAAAGGAGCGAGGAGCCCGAGAGGAAAGAGAAAAAAGAGGGAGGGGAGCAGGCUGGAGAAGAGGGGAAAGACUGAGGGAGGAUAGAAAUGAAACAAAUAGGGGCAACGGGGGUAAGAGAGGAACGGAGGGAAUAGGAGGAUGAUGAAAAGGCAACCACAGCUAGAAUAAUGUGAAGAGAAGUUAAAGGAGAGAAAGAUGAAGAGGCAAAGUAAUAAAAAGAGACAGAGAAAAAUGAGCCUAGGGAGGAUGGAGAAUGCGAGGGCAGGGGAGGGAGUGAUUGAUGUAAUUUAAAGCAAUAAGUGUUGAAACGCUGAUAUGGUUGAGCACAGAUACUGAGACAAUGCAGAGGCUGCUUCUGCUCGGGGCAGCACCGAUUUGUUAAACGCUUUGGACAAAGAAAAACAACCCAAACAUCCAAGACUCGAUUUAAUUCAACUCUCACGUAUGGAAUGAGCAACAGCAGGAAACAAGAAGGAAGACGUUUUUUUUUCCCUGUUGUUUAGGUCUUUUUCUCGUCGCGCGUCGGCCCGCUCUCUGUGUCUGCACGUGUGUUUGUGUGUGUGUCGGGGGGGGGGGAGAUUGAUGUGCGAGGGAAUGGUGUGCCCAGGCGCACUUGUUUGCGUGACUGUAUACGUGUGCAUAUGUGACAGAGAUGGAGCAAGAGUAGCAGAGAGAAGAUACCAAGAGACAAUUUAACGAUGAAACUGGUGACUGAUGAUACAAAGCCGCCACAUUAGUUUUUCGGGACAAAGUGCAAAGAGUAAACAUUUAACACAGAAACUUAAAAAACUGGGAGAACACACGGGGGGGAUACAACAUAUAUUCGAAAACACAGCGGAGAGUACAGGGGAUAGAUGUAUAGAGAGAGAAACGGUCAGGGGAUGUGAGACGGUUGUACAGAAUCUGUAACUUUUUACUCCAUCUUCAGUGGCAGAAAAAGUGAAUUAUUCAGCUCACUACUUCAUUCCAAAUGAAAGUGAUGAAUCAUUUAAAUCAUGCAAAAGAUUCUCCCUCCUCUCAGCCCACAAGGAAAACAGACAUUGUGAAAAAUUAAAAUGAUUUAAGGAUGUGAUCCUCCACGCCCCCCCCACCCCCCCACGCAGCUUUUUGUAGUUGAGUGUUGGUAUGUUUACAGAGACUCACACACAGACACACUCACACACACACACACACACACAAAAGAACUGAUGAGCACCAUAAGGCUUUGAUUGUAUUACAGUAAAUUAUAAAAGCGAAACCAUCCACAAGUAUUCCAUCGACUACAUGGAGCGGCGAUGACUCCAUUAUUGAUCUCUUAAAUGUUUUUAUCGAAGAAGCCUCCUAUUUUUUACACGCCGCCCCCCCGCCCCCCGUAGUCCCACUCGACACAUCUUGUGGACAAUGUAUGCAUGAUUUUUGGAAACAAAAAAAUAGGCAAUCAAUCCCACUUUGAGCACUCGUACUGCCCAAAUGAAAAUUUCCGUAGAUCUGUAAUGAAAUUAUCGGAGAACAACACCGCAGAGACUCCCACGACAGGCUUUUUUGUUCUCGUAAAAGGUCAGGAUGCAAAUGAGCUGCAGUUUUCAGCUGGAAUGCACUUUUAUACUGUGUGAUGUUCAAUAAUAGAUAAUGAAUAAUGUCAAAGAUUACAGUUGUUUUAUAAGAUGUCGAUUAAAGAAAAAAGAUACAAUGUCUGACUGUAUGUAAAAACAUUUCACAUGUAAAUACCACUGAAUAUUAUUGCUAAAAGAGAGUCUUUAAAAUGAAAAAUGAGUUUAAAAAAAAUAAAUAAAUAAAACAGAACCUACAUGUCCAAAUGGAGCACUGUUGGGACUAUCUGUAUGUACUGUAGAUUAGAAAUGGAUGAAGUGAGUGAGCUGGAUUGAGCAGCUUCCUCGACUGAAAACAACACCAUGUAUUCAACAUCUGUGUAGUAAGUGAACAGGUUUCGGGUUUGUUUUGUGGUCGCUCUCAUCGUCUGAGAUGGACAAGCAGAGGAGUCGACUCUACGUGUGGCCUCUGGCAGAAGUUUUGCUGCACAAAAUUAUUAUUAGUUAGAGGAAGCCUCAGAACUUGUCUGUCCCAGCGAGGAACCAAUUUGAUGAAAAUCCAGUGGAGUGAGGAGAAAUUCCCCUAAUAGGCAUACAAUAAAAAUUCAGCGUUUUUCCCUACGAUGUGGAUUAUUAUUCUGCAAAUGCAGAGUAGUACACUAAAAUGGAAUUUGUUAUAUAUUUCAAGGACAGCUCUGUCAUUAGUGUUGCACUGCCCGAGAGAUACGAAACAAAGUUUUAUAAUUACUUAUCUCUGGAAAUAUAUUAAACUGUCCCGGUCCUGGGAAGUGACUGUUCAUCAAAUGCAACUGAGCAAUGCAACUCAACAACCAUAUUAAUAUUGCAUUGUGCUGUACCCUGACCGCUGAAUGCAUUUUAAAGAGAAAGUCCACCAGUUUUACACGUUAAAGCGUGUUUACAGGUCGUGAGGAGCGCUACUGCAUGUGAAAAAAAUAGUGUGAAGCCUGUUGUGGCUCCAGAGGAAUCUGCAUGUAAUCUGAUAGAUUGCCUCCAGUGAUGUCAUUCAGCUGGUAUGUUGCAUUGUGGGUAAUGUAAGCACCAGGUUUGAAAAGGAAGAGGAACAAGUGAAAUAAAAAAGGCAACGUCUCUGCUUGUCUUGCACCAAUUUUGAUCAUUUGUUGAGUGCAGUGCUAGACGAGCAGACUACCUAAAGCUAGAGCCUACAAUACCCACAAUGCAAUUAAUGAACUGAGUGACAUCACUGGAGGCAAAUUAUCAAUUACAUGCAGCUUCCUCCUGAGUCACAAAAGGCUUUACAUUACUGUUUUCACACAUGCAGUUGCACUCACCAAGACCUGUAAACACCCUUGAGUGUGUAAAUUGGUGGAAUUACCCGUUAAUUCAAGCAAAUUCUCAAUUUUUUGGGGUUGAACUGUUGAAGUUCCUGACAAACUGAAUUCUUACAGUCCAGAGGGGAAUUUUGCCACAUGCCCGAACCUGAAUGUGGAUGUCUUUGGUGUGCCGUCACAGAAAUGUCACCGUUGAUCACUGGUUCACUGUAAAGCCACCCACAUAUGUCAAGCUGCCAGCUUCGCUAGUGUCCACUGGUUUGAUCCACCAUAAUCUUGUUGUCAAGGUCCGCUACUGUCGACAGUUACUUAAGCAAUCAGGAAGUCAGGCUUUCACGCUGACCGAAAUGAAACCCACACACCUCUGUACCCUUCACCUGAGCCACAGACUUGUCCAUACAGUGCCACUGUGCAGACUGGAUGGUAUCAGGACCAAUGUACAAACCUUGCACAAUAACCGGAGAAGAGUGGGGUGGGCGCAGAACCUCACGGGGAAUCUGAGUCACGAUUCAUUUGGACUGUUUCACAAUACCUCAACGUCCUAAAGCUACCUAAACCUCCCAUCAGCUGUGUACCAAUCAGAGUGAAAGUGACAACGCAUAUGGGCUAUCAGACACUUCACAAACAUAUGCUGGGUGCCAACCUUUAAGGAUAAUUCUGGUUAGAUAAAACUUGGGUCUUAGCUUCAUAUUUUUUCUCUAAGUGUUAUAAUCUGUACUCUGGUAGUUAAUUGGUUUGAUCUGAGACUGAAAAUCACUGCUUAGCAAGAAACACCAUCGUAAAGGCCAAACAGGGACCAAAUGUGAACUUUUACAAAACCUGUCUGUGUAGAAAUUCUAAGCUCCAGUUCCAGUUUCAAAUUUGAUCUGUUGUCCUUGCCAUAGUUUCCCAUGCACACAGUGUUCCCUCGGUACUGAGGGAUUAAGAGGCGGAUGGCGAUUAGACAGGUGUAAAUGCAUCUGAGAUGGACUGCGAUCCUGUUGUUUCACAUUCUAGACAGACGUUGGAAAAGUGUUAUUGUAUCCGCCUCAAGACACAGAGGUAAUUUUUACUCCGCUGUAAGUACAGUGACUUCUCCGGGGUCCUUCCUGUGACAAUGAUAUUAAACUGACAUAGCUGUUGUUCUCUGUGUCACAUUGAAUGUACUGUAAGGAACUUUUGGAUAUGACUGGUUAUUAAACAGUCUUCAGUUUAAUGCUUUGCCUCUGUAUGACUUACAUAAGGUAAUGAGACCAUUAGCAGAACGAUUGGCUAUUUCUGUCUGAUUAUUAAAGUCAAUAUUAACUGUCACAGGGUCGGAUUUCAACUUACCCGGUUGGAUAAGUCAUAAAAUGAAAACUGUGUUUCAUGGUGGAGUGUGGUGAGGAUGAAUUGAGGGAAAGUCAUGUUACGGUUAUUACAGUAAUCUUACAUGGCCAUGAAUGGAUAAAUUACUACAUCUCUAUACGUUUUGUAAACAGCUGUCUCAAAAAGGUAAAAACGGUUUUAAAUGUGCUGCAUCUUUCUUUCACCAGUUUUCAAAACAAAUGCACUAUAGUGUUGUAACCGAACUCGAAGCGCAAGAUGUUCUUCUCGCAUCACCGCCCUCUGAGUUGGAGUAGGACCGACCUGUAGCCUGGCAAACACAAUCCAAAGGCCAGACUACAUUUCUACGCCUGCAAACCACAGAUAUGUUGAAUCUCUACAUUUCUUUUUGUUGCAACUUUAUGUUUCUCAAGUUUCAGUUUGAUGUUUUACUUUGAGUCACAAAAUCCACUUGGUUAGGGUUAGGAUAUCAUUUUUUCCAACAUUUUGACUCAGAACACCUGUUUUUGGUUGCCUCAGAUACGACUGUAUAUAUCCCAACAUCCUGUCAAAAUAAUUUUUUUGUCGGCACAAUAUGGCUGUGGUUUCUCGCUUUAAGAUGCUGAAACACAAUCUCGAAGUGCAGGCACUGUCUUGGAAGCUUUCCUGGACAUAACUCCGAAACCAUCCCUACCGCGUCCUCAUAUGACAAUCAGGUCAUGAACAUGUACUCUGGACAUGAUAUGCUCAUAUGAAUUGUAGACAUGCCAAUUUAGUUAUAGUAGGUUAGGUUAGGUCAGGUUAGGUUAAUUAGGUUAGUUUAGGUUAGGUUAGUUUAGGUUAGGUUAGGUUAGGUUAGGUUAGGUUAGGUCAGGUUAGGUUAGUUAGGUUAGUUUAGG